AUGAAGGCAUUUGACUCAGUGGAAAGGAGAAUUUUGCUAGAGGUGAUGGCUAAAAGAGGGGUUGACAGAAAGUUAAUUGCUUUAGCAAGGGCGAUGGUAAGUGAUGAGGAGAGCAUGAUCAUUAUGAAUGGAGAGCAACAGAAACCAAUUAAAAUUAAUAGAGGAGUGCGACAAGGAGGAUGCUCUUUACCAGUGUGCUUUAAUUUCAUUCCAAAUGAGCUGGCAUGGAAAAUUGAAGAGCUUGGAUUAGGGGUACAACUGGAAGAUGGCCUUAAGAUUGGGAUAUUGCUUUAUGCUGAUGAUAUAGUUCUGAUUGCUGAAAAUCCACAUAUGCUGAGAGAGUUGGUAAGGGCAACUGAGUCAUGGGCAGAAGACUACAAGAUCGAAAUAAAUCAGGAAAAAUCGGAGAUAAUGACUUUUGGCAAAUCAUGUGAGGGUAUAAAUAUAAGGAUUAACGGAAAUCUAAUAAAAGAAGUGAAAGCCUAUAAAUACCUAGGAUAUGCGCUAGGAAAGAGAGUAAAAAACACUUACCACCUUGACGAAAGGGUUAGUAAGAUGAGAACAGCUAUGUGCUUGACCCUUGGCAGAUUGAAGUCACUGAAGAAUUUGCAAAUGCAGAAAAAGCUGACGAUACUGAGAGCGUGUAUAAACUCAGUAGGGCUAUAUGGAUUAGAGGUAACAGGGAGCACACUGGGGGCUGAAAGGGUACUUGAGCAGUUAGAGGUAAUUCAAAGAAGGUGGAUCAGAUGACUGAUGUCAGCUCCUCAGGGAGUAGCAAACGAAACUCUUUAUAUGGAUAGUGGUAUCAUGAGCAUGGAGAUGCAGUUGGCUGUGAGAGUCCUUAACUAUCGACUGAAGCUUGAAAGAGAACUCAAAAGGGGGACGAUGCUGGGUAAAGUGUAUGAACUGAAUGUGAAACAGGAGCUAUCAUCAUGAGCAAAAAUGAGUGCUAAAUGAUCGAGGUGGUGAAGCUUGAUGAGCUGAGGAUCUGACGACAAAAGGAAACUAGGAGGGUCAUUAUGAGCAGGAUGAUGCCUCAUGCUUGGAAUACGUAUAAGUUUAGAAUUGAAAAUGAAGUUCGUGCAACAACAAGGCUUUUUGUGACUCUGAAUGAGGGUAAAAGUGUCUUAG